AUGAAUAGUCAGAAACCCCUCUUUAUUACAUAUUUAGUUGAACAAGACGGGCAAGAAGACACGGUAAAUAAAGAAGAUCUAUCUAUCUAUCUAUCUAUCUAUCUAUCUAUCUCUGUUCUUAUCUAUCUAUCUAUCUAUCUAUCUAUCUAUGAAGUUAAUGACUCCUUCUGCCACUCUCUCUCUUUACAAGAGGAAAAUUUGUCUGUUCAUAUCUAUCUAUCUAUCUAUCUAUCUAUCUAUCUAUCUAUCUAUCUGUUAGGACACCACAACUCUUCACAUCUAUCUAUCUAUCUAUCUAUCUAUCUAUCUAUCUAUCUAUCUAAGAUCCUUCAUUCAUAUCUAUCUAUCUAUCUAUCUAUCUAUCUAUCUAUCUAUCUAUCCUCAGUUCAUAUCUUUGCAUGUGUCUGUUUAUUUAUCUUUAGUUCAUAUCUUAGCCUUACGAAAACAAACCUCCCCCCGUCUCUCUCUCUCUCUCUCUCUCUCUCUCUCUCUCUCUCUCUCUCUCUCUCUCUCUCUCUCUCUUUCUCAGGCGUACUUGUACGCUCUUUCUCUCUGAGCGUGCAUUCAUGA